AUGAAAGCGUCAUCUGUACUACGCAACACUCAAUCACAACCUUCGCCUCAUGCUUUAAUUUACAGGCGUUGGGCGAAGCCUGUGGGAAAAUCCCUAAUGUUUUGUGUGGGUAGUUAUUAUGCGCUUUACUGGGCGUGGGAAUUACUGGAGAAGGGAGAACGGGAAUACGAAUUGAAACAAAAGAAGACGGAACUGGCAAAAUUGGUUUGA